UUCUAUCAAAAGGUACCAUGAGUCUUGGCCGUCGUCCAUGAUUAUUGUGCUGGUGCUUCUUCUGCGUCAUUGCAUAGCAAUUUCUGCGUGGUCAUUUUGAGAUGCUUUCAUAAAGUAAGUUGGAUUUUCAUACACAGUUUCAAAAGAAUCCAAAAGUAAGGGGUCGGGACUGUAAUUUUACCGUUAACAGAACUUGCAGAGAAGGACAAAAACCCGACACGAACUCUUGAGGACGGAUGCAGGAAAAGUGUCGGCACCUUGUUGAGGGUGUUGACACCUUGUAGCUCGUGCUGCACAUCUUUCAGCUCAUGCUCGACCUCUGCACCUCGUGUUCGAGUUCUGCACUUUGUACUUGGCCUCUACAGCUCAUGGCUAACUUUGGCAGUAAGUGUUUGAGCUCAACAACUUGUGCUCAAGUUCUGCACUUCGUGCUCGACCUUGGCAGCAAGUGUUUGAGCUCUGCAGCUCGUGGUUGACCUCAGUAGCUUAUGUUUGAGUUUUGCACUUUGUGCUCGACCUUUGCAGCUCAUGGUUGACCUCGACAGCUCAUGUUUGAGCUCUACAGGUCGUGGUUGAGUUCUGCACUUCGUGCUCGACCUCUGAAGCUCGUGGCUGACCUCGACUGUAAGUGUUUGAACUCUGCAGCUCGUGCUCAAUUUCUGCACUUCAUGCUUGACCUCGGCAGCAAGUGUUUGAGCUUUGCAGCUCAUGGUUGACCUCGGCAGCUCAUGUUUGAGCUCUGCACUUCGUGCUCGACCUCUGAAGCUCAUGGCUAACCUCUGUUGUAAGUGUUUGAACUCUGCAGCUCGUGCUCAAGUUCUACACUUCGUGCUCGGCCUCUGCAGCUCGUGGUUGACCUCGGCAGUAAGUGUUUGAACUCUGCACUUCAUGCUCGACCUCUGAAGCUCAUGGCUGACCUCAGCUGUAAGUGUUUGAACUCUGCAACUCGUGCUCAAGUUCUACACUUCGUGCUCGACCUCGGCAGCAAGUGUGAGAUAUACAGCUUGUGAUUGACGUCAGCAGCUUGUUGUUGAGCUCAGAAGCUCGUGUUGGAGCUCUACACUUCCUACUUGACCUCUACAUCUCGUGUUUGAGCUCGGCAGCUCGUGUUGGAGCUCUACACUUCAUGCUUGACCUCUACAGCUCAUAGUUGAGCUCGGAAGCAAGUGUUUGAGCUCUGCAACUUGUGCUUGAGUUCUGCACUUCGUGCUAGACCUCUACAGCUCGUGGUUGACCUCGGUAGCAAGUGUUUGAGUUUUGCAAUUCGUGGUUGACCUCAGCAGCUCGUGUUUGAGCUCUGUAGCUGGUGCUCGUGUUUGAGCUCUGUAGCUGGUGCUCGUGUUUUGCACCUCGUGGUUGACUUCAGCAGCUUGUGUUGGAGCUUGUCAGCACGCAGAUCACGCUCCAGCAGGGACUUUGCAGCUCGUUAUUGUCAAACUCCCAAGGGGCUACUUGGGGCAGCGUGUGGAUGCUCUAUUCUUUCCACGGAUGGGGAAUAGGAGGCUGUUGCAGAUGUGCAUGGUGUGUUCAUGGGUAAAUUCUUCGCGCCUCCAAAUGGUUCGGUGAUGCGACAUCGGCGGUUGAAUGCCUCUGCUCUCAACUGAGCAUGAGAUGAGACUGCUGGCUUCUCAGAGCAGCAUGUGUUUUCCCGGUAGUGGUUUAACUAUCAUCCUGAAGGCUGGUGUCCAGUCCCUCCAGAGCUUUCAUCUUUAACA